CCAUCCCAUAGAAAUGGCGGAUGACGAUGAUUCGGGCGUUCAUCGUCUCGAAGGUACAAGUGGCAGUCAAAUGCGCGGCGGAUUGAUAAUCAAAAAAGCAAAGACCGACGAUGGCAACAAGUUCAAAGUUCCGAAACCAUCGAUUUUGGGUUUGGAUAAAUUGGCGGCACAAAAACGCAAAGAACGCGAGGAGAAGGAACGUCUUAUUUCGUUCCGAGACAAUGAACACGACGACGAUGAUGAUAGGCAAGGUGGCAGCAAAACCCCAUCCACUUCGACCAAUCUAAGUGAAUUUGCCUUUAAGAAGCCGGAUACAAUGAGUUUCCAAAAGGUCAGCCGUCAGCUGAGAGCCCAUAAGGAUGAAACUCCCUCUCAUACGGGUGGUGUAUCCGAGGAAGCUCGGGAACGUUUAAGGGAGCACAUCAAACGAGAUCGUAGCAAAGGCGGUGUACAUUAUUCCACUAAGAAUUAUGAGGAGCGUGAUGAUAAGGAACGCAGUAGAUCAUCAUCCUCGUCGUCGUCAUCUUCAAGAGAUAGAGAUCGUGAUCGAGACCGUCAUAAAGACAGAGACCGCAGUCGUGAUAAACGUCGUGACCGUGAUCGUAGUAGAGAACGUGAUAGGGACCGUGAACAUCGUAGAGAUCGCGACCGUAGCGAUCGUAGUGAACGAGAUCGCAGUGAACGUGAUUCCGCACGCAGUGUAAAUACGCCACGUUUCCGUGACGAGCCUAAAACUCCAUCUGGUGUAUCGGUAUCGGGCAGCGCAUGGGAUGAUGAUGACCCAUCGGAACGUUCAUUCCGUAAAUCAUCUUGGGAUUUCCCAACUCCAAAAUCGUACGCCAGCUCGGAGAGAGGUGAUUGGUCGGAACGUAGUUCCAGCAGUGGUUUUGGUUCUAUGUCCGGCUCUCGCAGCCGCUCACGUAGAGAUCGAGAAGAUGACACACCUCGUCCCACGCCAGCCCACAAAUACAAUCAAUGGGCUAAUGAUCGCAAACGUUCGGGAGCCACCCCAGCAACAGGUCGUAGUAAUCGUCAACCGUGGGGUGAGAGUGAUGAAGAUCGUGAUAUGUGGGAGGAGGAACAACGUCGCUUGGAUCGAGAGUGGUAUAACAUUGAUGAAGGCUACGAUGACGAACAUAACCCCUUCGGCAAUGCCAAUGCCGAUUAUUUCAAGAAACGUGAAGAAAUGUUGGAGCAGAAACGCACGAAGCGUAUCAGUGCCCAGCAGAGACAGAAUAACAAAGACAAUGAAUUGUGGGAACGAAAUCGUAUGUUAACCUCCGGUGUGGUUAUGUCCAUUAAUGUCAAUGAUGACUUUGACGAGGAAGCUUUGGAACGUGUCCAUUUGUUGGUCCAUCACAUUAUACCACCAUUUUUGGAUGGCCGCAUUGUUUUCACCAAACAACCGGAACCUGUUAUUCCGGUGAAAGAUCCUACCUCAGAUAUGGCUUUAUUGGCACGCAAAGGUAGUGCCUUGGUGCGUGUCUAUCGUGAACAGAAGGAACGGCGUAAAGCCCAAAAGAAACAUUGGGAAUUGGGCGGUACGAAAUUGGGCAACAUUAUGGGUAUAGAAAAGAAAGUCGACGAAGAAGAUGCGAAAUUCGACAAAGACUCUGACACUGCCGAUUAUCGUAAAGAUCAAAAAUUUGCAGAUCAUAUGCGUGAUCAAGAUAGUUCAGGGGGAGGUUCAAGUGAUUUUUCACGUAAAAAAUCAAUAUUCGAACAGAGGCGAUUCUUGCCGGUGUUCGCCGCUCGCCAGGAACUGCUGAAUAUUAUACGUGAAAAUUCGGUUAUUAUUAUUGUGGGUGAAACUGGCAGUGGCAAGACAACACAGUUGACCCAGUAUCUGCACGAGGAUGGUUAUAGUAAUUUUGGAAUGAUUGGUUGUACCCAGCCACGUCGUGUUGCUGCCAUGUCUGUGGCUAAGCGUGUUUCCGAUGAAAUGGGUACCAAAUUGGGCGAAGAAGUAGGCUAUGCUAUACGUUUUGAGGAUUGUACAUCGGAGAAAACGGUCAUCAAAUACAUGACCGAUGGUAUUCUGUUGCGUGAAAGUUUACGUGAUCCAGAUUUGGAUGGUUAUUCGGCAAUCAUUAUGGACGAAGCCCAUGAACGUUCGUUGUCUACAGAUGUUUUAUUUGGAUUGUUGCGUGAGAUUGUUGCCCGAAGACGUGAUUUGAAGUUAAUUGUUACCUCAGCCACUAUGGAUGCCACCAAAUUUGCCACCUUCUUUGGUAAUGUGCCAACCUUUACCAUCCCCGGUCGUACCUUCCCUGUUGAUGUACUAUUUAGUAAAAAUCCCUGUGAGGAUUAUGUCGAAUCGGCUGUGAAGCAAGCCCUACAAAUCCAUUUAACUCCCAAUGAAGGUGAUAUGUUGAUUUUUAUGCCCGGUCAGGAGGAUAUUGAGGUUACAUGUGAGGUAUUAGCUGAACGUUUAACGGAAAUAGAUAACGCCCCAGAGUUAUCGAUAUUGCCCAUCUAUUCGCAAUUACCAUCCGAUUUACAAGCGAAAAUAUUUCAACGUUCUGCCGAGGGUAUACGCAAAUGUGUUGUGGCCACAAAUAUCGCUGAAACCUCCUUAACAGUGGAUGGUAUUAUCUAUGUCAUCGAUUCGGGAUUUUGUAAAUUAAAAGUCUAUAAUCCACGCAUUGGUAUGGACGCUCUACAAAUCUAUCCCAUAUCUCAGGCUAAUGCUAAUCAACGUUCCGGCCGUGCUGGACGUACUGGACCGGGUCAAGCCUAUCGUUUAUAUACCCAACGACAAUACAAAGACGAAUUAUUGCCUCUAACCGUACCUGAAAUACAACGAACAAAUUUGGCCAACACUGUGUUGUUGUUGAAAUCAUUGGGUGUGGUCGAUUUGUUGCAAUUUCAUUUUAUGGAUCCACCACCACAGGAUAAUAUUCUGAAUUCGUUGUAUCAACUUUGGAUAUUGGGUGCCUUAGAUCAUACAGGGGCGUUGACACCGUUGGGUCGACAAAUGGCUGAAUUUCCCUUGGAUCCGCCACAGUGUCAAAUGUUGAUUGUAUCCUGUCAGAUGGAAUGUAGUGCUGAAGUUUUGAUAAUCGUUUCCAUGUUAUCGGUGCCCUCAAUAUUUUAUCGUCCCAAGGGCCGUGAGGAAGAAGCUGAUGGUGUUCGUGAAAAGUUUCAAGUUCCCGAAUCCGAUCAUUUGACAUACCUCAAUGUGUAUUUGCAAUGGAAGCUUAAUAACUACAGCUCUAAUUGGUGCAAUGAACACUUCAUACACAUCAAGGCAAUGCGUAAGGUACGCGAAGUCCGCCAACAGCUUAAGGAUAUUAUGAUACAACAAAAACUCUCAGUGAAAUCGUGUGGCACCGACUGGGAUAUAAUCCGUAAAUGUAUCUGUUCGGCAUAUUUUUAUCAAGCGGCACGCCUUAAGGGUAUUGGUGAAUAUGUAAAUCUACGUACCGGUAUGCCAUGUCAUCUACAUCCUACCUCGGCUCUUUAUGGUUUGGGUACCACACCCGAUUAUGUGGUCUAUCAUGAAUUGGUUAUGACAGCCAAGGAAUAUAUGCAAUGUGCCACUGCUGUGGAUGGCUAUUGGUUAGCCGAAUUGGGUCCUAUGUUCUUCUCUGUGAAGGAAACUGGUCGCAGUGGUCGCGAAAAGAAAAAACAAGCUGCUGAACAUCUUAAAGAGAUGGAGACACAAAUGCGUUUGGCUCAAGAGGAAAUGGAAGAACGGAAACUGAAGGCAGCUCAACGUGAGGAACAAUUGGCAAAUAAACAGGAGAUAGCAACACCAGGCCAUGCCACACCUAGACGAACUCCAUCGAAAAUUGGAUUGUAAUGUGUGUUC